AUGGCUUCGAACGACCCCAACAGAUACGACGACUCAGAAGACGAGGACGACUUCAACCCUGCGCCUGCCGACCUCUCUGACGAGGAACCCGACCAUGACACCAGUGACAGGCACGCACCGAGCGAUGCGCGCGAAAGCAGCCCUGCUGCUGACGACGACGAUGCCCCCGUAGCCUCCAAACCUCGACCCGUUGACGAUGAUGAAGAUGAAGAGCAAGAUGAAGAGGAAGGUGGCGCAAACGAUGAUGAUGAGGAGGAAGAUGAGGAUGAGGAAGACGAGGAUGACGUCCAACAGGGACAUCGUCGCAAGCGUCGCAGGGACCGUCGCGCGGUCUUUUUCGACAUCGAAGCCGAGGUCGAAGACGAAGAAGACGGUGAGGAUGAGGAGAAAGACGGCGAGGAAAUAGAGGACUUCAUCGACAAUGCUCAUCCCGACGAUAUCGCCGAAAGCGGAGGCCUCGAUGACGAUAGACGACACCGCGAGUUGGAUCGUCGGCGCGAGAUGGAGCAGAGCAUGGAUGCUGAAAAGCAGGCCGAGAUCCUUCGUCAGCGAUACGGUAACCGCAGGCCCAACAAGGGCUUCGGUGAUUCGGCAGUUGUACCGAAGCGUCUUCUGAUGCCUAGUGUUGAGGAUCCCACCAUCUGGGCCGUCAGAUGUAAGGAAGGCAAAGAGCGCGAGGUGGUCUUCUCCAUCAUGAAGCGCAUCGAGGAGAGAAUGGGCACCAAGGAUGAGCUCGCCAUUAUUUCUGCCUUCGAGCGUGGCGGUCCGACAUCCGUUAUGAAGGGCUACAUUUACGUGGAGGCGAACAGGUCCACCGACAUCAUGGUCGCCCUCGAUGGCAUGUUCAACGUCUACCCGCGGUCCAAGAUGAUUCUGGUCGAUAUAAAGGACAUGCCGGACCUGCUUCGUGUGACCAAGACGCCCACCCUGGAGCCGGGCGCCUGGGUCAGACUUCGCAAGCCCGCCAAGCACGCCGGCGAUCUUGCGCAGGUGAUCGACGUCACUGAAAAUGGUCUCGAAGCUCGAGUUCGGUUCAUCCCCCGUCUCGACUACGGCAUGAGAGACGAUGCUCUCGCAGCCGUCACAUCGGACGGGAAGCGAAAGCGCCCUGUUGGUGUCCCCGGACCACGACCGCCUCAACGUCUCUUCAACGAGACGGAAGCCCGGAAGCGCCACCCAAGGCACAUCCAGGGCAACCCGACCACCAAGGUCUGGACCUACAUGGGUGAUGAGUUCGAGAAUGGCUUCCAGGUGAAGGACAUCAAGAUCCAGCAACUAGUGGUCACAGACGUCAACCCGACACUGGAGGAAGUAACCAGAUUCGCCUCUGGUGCCGAGGAUGGUACGGAGAAUCUUGACCUCAAGGCCCUCGCUGCCAGUCUCAAGGACAGCAACAUCAACGUCACAUACCUACCUGGCGAUGUCAUCGAGGUGUACGACGGCGAACAGAAGGGUGUUGUGGGAAAGGCCACCAAUGUGCAGGGCGACAUUGUUACCAUGCAGGUUACCGAGGGAGACCUCGUCGGUCAAGUCAUUGAAGUGCCCACCAAGGGUUUAAGAAAGAGGUUCAAGAUCGGAGACCACGUCAAGGUCACUAGUGGAAGUCGAUUCCGCGACGAGGUCGGUAUGGUCGUCAAGAUUUCCGAGGAUAGGGUCACCUUCUUGACGGAUCAAACCAACACCGAGGUCACAGUCUUCAGCAAGGACCUGCGUGAAGCGAGUGAUAUCGGUGGCCAAGGCUCCCUGGGCCAGUAUGAGCUAUUCGACCUGGUUCAACUCGACCCGACCACUGUCGGUUGCAUCGUUAAGGUCGAUCGCGAAUCGGUGGUCGUCCUUGACCAGAACGGAGAUCCCAGACAGGUCAUGCCGUCACAAAUCGCCAACAAGCUCCCAAAGCGCAAGAUCGCCGUCGCUGCUGACCGAAACGGCUCUGAAAUCAGACUGGACGAUGUCGUUCGAGAAUAUGGCGCCCAGCAGCGCCAGGGCAAGAUCAUCCAUAUCCACCGAGCCUACAUCUUUUUGCACAGCAACAACAACAACGAGAACGCCGGUGUCUUCGUCGCCAAGGCAAACAACGUUACUACCAUUGCUGCUAAAGGUGGGCGUGUGCUUUCGGCCGGUCCCAAUCUGGAUCAGAUGAACCCGGCCAUGAAACGCAAUCCCAGUGCAGCAGAGAACAAAAUGGCGCCUCCCAAGACUUUCGGCCGCGAUCGUUCCAUCAACCAGACUGUCAUCAUUCGGAAGGGCGGUUACAAGGGUCUACUAGGUAUCGUCAAGGAUGCUACGGAAACCCACGCUCGUGUCGAGCUGCACACGAAGAGCAAGACCAUCACGGUUCCCAAAGACCAUCUGAGCUUCAAGGACAAGAACACGGGUGCCAAAAUUGACAUCAACGGCCGUGGCCCGCGGCCAGGUGGUCCUCCCGGGGGCGGACGUGGCGGAGCUGGUGGAGACUGGCAAGGAGGUCGGACGCCUGUUGCUUCCAGCGGCUCAGAGAGAACCCCUGCAUGGGGCUCACGAACUCCCGCGCCGACUGGUGGCAGAACUCCUGCCUGGAAGUCCAGCAGCCAAGAUUACGGCUCCGGAUCGAGAACUCCGGCUUGGGCCGAUGGUUCCCGAACUGCUUACGGCGACGGCAACAGAACUGCUUACGGUGGAGGCUCGAGAACGCCUGCGUGGCAAUCAGGCGCGAAGACACCCGCGCAUGAUGCCUUUGGACUUGGGUCCAAGACUCCAGCGUAUGGAGGAGAUGCUUGGGGUGCGGGAUCCAAGACUCCUGCGUACGGAGGAUCUGCUCCGACUCCCGGAGCCAGUGGUAAUGAUUCAUGGGGCUACACACCUGGCAAUUCUGGCUACGAUGCACCGACGCCCGGCGGGAAUCUGUUGGGAGCACCGACGCCAGGCGCUCUGAAUGCCCCUACUCCCGGUGCCUACUCAGCGCCCACACCCGCUGCAGCCAGUGCCCCAACUCCCGGUGGCGGAUGGCAAGGCGGUUGGGCUGCCGACUCAGCGCCCACGCCGGCGGCCGGCGCUCCUACUCCAGCGGCCAGCGGCUUCGCCUCGUCUUCCGGCUACUAUGGCGCGCCAACCCCUGCUGCAUACGACGUCUUUCCAUCUGUCACUUACAAUGGCAAGACCACGGCAGACUGGGAGGUCGUUAGGAAGACGACCAACUACCAGUCCAAUGGUCCCGUCACGGACGUCAACAGCCAGCAGAUGACGUGCUAUCAGCUGGCUCCUGGCAGUGAAGGAGCCAAGGUGCUUGACGUGACGGCUGGGUCUACGAUUGGCUACAAUGCAAAGGCAUCAGUUUCCCACCCCGGGCCUGUCAACUUUUACAUGGCCAAAGCCCCUGCCGGGACCAGUAUCACAGAUUUUGACGGCUCUGGGAAAGUCUGGUUCAAGAUAUAUAACGAUGGCCCGACCGUCGGCUCAAACGGUUUGACAUGGCCGACAUCAGGCAAGACAACACUCGACGUCCAGAUCCCCAAGUGCCUUGAGAACGGCGAGUACUUUCUCCGCGUCGAGCACAUCGCUCUGCACAGUGCCAGUAGCCCGGGUGGUGCGCAGUUGUACAUCUCCUGCGCCCAGCUCCGGGUCAGCGGUGGAACGGGCACGUACAAGCCGAACCUCCUGUCGUUCCCAGGCGCGUAUAGCCCCAACGACCCCGGCCUGCUUGUCAAUAUCUAUUACCCGGUGCCUCAGAACUACAAGGCUCCCGGAGGAUCUGCGCUUGUUUUGGCGGCGCAUGUCGUUGCUGCUGCCACCUUUGCUGUGCCGACGAGGGUGAACACAGGCGGCCUCUCAUACGCGCCUCUUGACGCGGCACCCGUAGGCCUUUCUUUCGAGUUCUUCGCCUUCCCGUCGUACUUCCAAAACGUGACUGCAACGAACCAGUGCUUGUCCAACUUCAGAGCGCUGAGUGGCACUUGGCCACCCAUCAGAAUUGGCGGAACUACCCAGGACCGGGCAUCCUACGACGCGUCAACAUCGGCUUAUGUAGUGUACACGGUUGCCAAUGCUGCCGACGCGCCGUCGACUUUGACGUUCGGGCCGAACUUCAUGAAGUUGGCCGCCACAUACGCGGGCGACGUGACAUUGGGUCUGAACAGAGGCAAGAACAACAUCGACAACACCAUAGCGGCGGCCAAAGUUGCGGUGCAGGAUAUGAAGAAUCUCUAUGCGAUUGAGCUUGGAAAUGAGCCCGAGUACUGGUCAGGUGUCCAGCCCAUUGCCUCUGGAACUUGGAAUCCUGCCGUCGACGCUGCUUCCCAGAAUAACUGGGCGAUGACGGUUGGCAAUGCGAUUGGCAAGAAAAACAUCAUCCAGGCAGGAAAUUCGAAUUCCCUUCCGCCCACAUGGGGUGCCGAAGAGCUGAUCGCAAGCGGUAAUGCUACCGUCAGGGAGUAUGUGAAGACUUAUAGUCACCACAACUACCCCGGCGGGACGGUAACCAGUCUGAUGUCUCACGCAAACAUCGCCAGCAAUGUCCAUCUGUUCGACAAGGACAUUGCCAGUGCCCUAGCAGUGAACAAGCCAUACGUCUUUGGAGAGACCAACUCAGUUUCCGGAGGCGGAGCCGCCAAUGUGAGCCCGUCCUUCGGUGCGGCCCUGUGGGUGAUGGACUACUCGGUGCGCUUGGCUGCGUCCAACGUUUCCCGUAUAUAUUUCCACCAUGGAACCAUUGGCAACAACCCGUACAGCUUCUUCGGUCGAUACUCGAUGGGCAACCCGUACGUUGGCGCAUUCACGGCCACGGCUUUCCUAGCUGGUGCAAAACACGUAGCCGCUCUGGAUGAUGGGAAAUCGGCCUUCGCGGCGUAUGUCACUUUUGACGCAUCAGGGGCGCCCCUGCGUGCGCUACUGUACAACUCCAACUACUUCAGCGGUUCCGGUACGCGCGGUGUCGAGUCGUUUGUUCUCAGCGGGAUUUCCGCCAGUAGUGUCCGUUCCAAGCGAGUGACGGCCGCGAGCGCCGAGGCGAGACAGGAUCGGGGCGGCAACGCUUACAUCGGCGGGCAGUACUUCAACAACGGCACCUGCACUAUCGGCGGGGCGGAGACGUUCGAGACGACGGUGGUGUCGAGCGGCCGAGCAACUCUGAGCGUCGGGGCCAGCGAGGCUCUGUUGGUGUAUCUCCAGUAA